AAUAAAGCUGACGUAUCACUCGCUUCUGCUCAUUCUAUAAAUGAAAUAAUAAAGCACGUAAAGUCAUCAAAUGAAGUAAUACAAUUUAUGGCAAUUCAGGAUUGCAGAAAGUUAUUAAGUCGAGAAAAAAAUCCUCCUAUAAAUGAUAUAAUAGAAGGUGGCAUAGUACCAUAUUUGAUCGAAUUGUUAGAUGAACAAUUAAACAUUCCUUUGCAAUUUGAAGUAACAUGGAUAUUAAAUAACAUAGCCUCUGGUACAUCCGUACAAACACAAAAUGUUAUAAAACAUGGAGCAAUACCAAAAUUAGUGUACCUACUUAAAUCUUCAUCAUCUAAUGUUGCGGAACAAGCAACGUGGGCCUUAGGAAAUAUAGUCGCAGAUGAACCAUAUGCACGUGAUUUUGUUCUUGAAUGUGGCGCUCUACCUCUUUUGUCGGAGUUAAUUAAACCUGAUACUUCAGUGACGUUCAUGCGUAACAUAGUAUGGACUUUAUCGUACUUAUCAAGAAACAAGAAUAUACCGCCACCAUUUGAAUUAAUUAAACCUGUUCUACCAAUAUUUAAUCGUUUACUUGAUUCUACAGAUCGAGAUGUACUUGUCCUAGAUGAUAUUUGUUGGGCACUUUCCGAUCUUACUGAUGGAUCCAACGACAAAAUACAAGCAGUACUAGAAGCUGGUAUUAUACCGAAACUCGUAGAAAUGUUGACUUUACAGGAACUAUCUAUUCUUACUCCAGCAUUGCGUACAGUUGGAAAUAUAGUAACAGGUAAUGAUGCUCAAACAGAUGCUGUAAUUCAUGCAGGAGGACUGUCACAUCUUGGUGCUUUGUUGCGGUUUCCUCACGCCAAAAUUGUAAAGGAAGCUGCUUGGGCAAUUAGUAAUAUUAUGGCUGGUAAUGAGGACCAAAUCCAAAGUGCGAUAGAUGCUGGUCUGUUGUCACCAUUAAUAGAAGUACUCCAAUUUUCGCCCUUGUUAUCAUCCUCUAUAGUAUAUUUGUACAUAUAUGAAAAUGCUUGGGCAAUUAGUAAUAUUAUGGCUGGUAAUGAGGACCAAAUCCAAAGUGCGAUAGAUGCUGGUCUGUUGUCACCAUUAAUAGAAGUACUCCAGUUUGAGGAUUAUAAGUCACAAAUACAAGCUGCAUGGGCUAUAACGAACUUGACAAAAAGAGGAACAAUUCAACAUUUAUCUCAAUUAGUAGAAGCGGGUGUAUUGCCACCUUUUUGGAAAAUAGGGCAAGCAAAAAGACUUGCUAUUACGAUAGAAGAAGCUGGAGGCUUAGAUAAAAUAGAAGCUCUUCAAUAUCAUUCGAAUGAAAAAAUUAGUCAAAAAUCUAAGGCUAUAAUCGACGCGUUUUUUUCUCAAAAGGAUCAUAAAUUGUUAAAACGACGUAACCUUCGUAUAUCAAAUCGAGAACUGUCGGAUUUAUCGAAUAAAGCUGACGUAUCACUCACUUCUAUAAAUGAAAUAAUAAAGCACGUAAAGUCAUCAGACGAAACAUUACAAUUAAUGGCAAUUCACGCUUGCAGAAAGUUAUUAAGUCGAAGAAAAAAUCCUCCUAUAAAUGAUAUAAUAGAAGGUGGCAUAGUACCAUGUUUCAUUGAGCUUUUAGAUAAUCUUAUUGACAUUCCUUUGCAAUUUGAAGUAACAUGGAUAUUAACUAAAAUAGCCUCUGGUACAUCUGUACAAACACAAAAUGUUAUAAAACAAUUUAUAAGUUAUGGAGCAAUACCAAAAUUAGUGAACCUACUUAAAUCUUCAUCACGUACUGUUGCGGAACAAGCAGCGUGGGCCUUAAGAAAUAUAGCCGAAGAUGCAUGUGAUGAUGUUCUUAAACAUGAUACUCUACCUCUUUUGUUAAAAUUAAUUAAACUUGAUAUUUCAGUGACACUCAUGCGAAAAUUAAUCGGCAAUUUAUGUAAUUUAUGUAGAAAUCAGAAUGCACCAUUUGAAUUAAUUAAACCUGUUCUACCAAUAUUUAAUGAUUUACUCAAUUAUGCAGAUCGAUAUGUACUUGCUGAUACUUGUUGGACACUUUUCUAUCUUACUAAUGGAUCCAAAGACGCAAUGCAAGCAGUAUUAGAAACUGGCAUUGUACCGAAACUCGUAGAGAUGUUGAAUUUACAGGAAAGAAUUAUUAUUACUCCAGCAUUGCGUACAGUUGUAAAUAUAACAUCAGGCAAUGAUGCUCAAACAAAUGCUGUAAUUCAUGCGGGAGGACUGUCACAUCUUGGUGCUUUGUUGCGGUUUCCUCACGCCAAAAUUGUAAAGGAAGCUGCUUGGGCAAUUAGUAAUAUUAUGGCUGGUAAUGAGGACCAAAUCCAAAGUGCGAUAGAUGCUGGUCUGUUGUCACCAUUAAUAGAAGUACUCCAGUUUAGAAAAUAG